AUGGGCGCCGAAAACAAAUACUCGGUCAUCCUGCCGACCUACAACGAGCGCAGGAACCUCCCUAUCAUCGUCUGGCUCCUGGAGCGGACCUUUCGCGAGAACAACCUAGACUGGGAAAUCAUCAUCGUCGACGACGGCAGCCCCGACGGCACCCUGGACAUCGCCAAACAACUCCAAAAGCACUACGGCGCGAACCACAUCCUCCUACACCCCCGAGCAGGCAAACUCGGUCUGGGAACGGCCUACAUCCACGGCCUCCAAUUCACGACCGGCAACUACGUCAUCAUCAUGGACGCCGACUUCAGCCACCACCCGAAAUUCAUCCCGGAGAUGAUCCGCAUCCAGAAGCUGGGGGACGCCGACAUCGUAACGGGCACACGGUACGCAAGCCGCGAUGGCAUCAAGGGUGGUGUGUAUGGCUGGGAUUUGUUCCGCAAGUUUACUUCCCGUACGGCGAAUCUGAUUGCGGAUGUGAUGUUGAUGCCCGGGGUGAGUGAUUUGACGGGCAGUUUUCGGUUGUAUAAGAAGAGUGUGUUGGAGAAGGUGAUUCAUAGUACGCAGAGUAAGGGGUAUAGUUUUCAGAUGGAGAUGAUGGUGAGGGCGAAGGCCAUGGGGUUCAGGGUUGCUGAGUGUCCGAUUACGUUUGUGGAUCGGUUGUAUGGCGAGAGUAAGUUGGGGGGUAGUGAGAUUGUGGAGUAUUUGAAGGGAGUGGUGACGCUUUGGUUGAAGGUUUGA